AUGUCUUUCAUUGGCACCCAGCAGAAAUGCAAGGCUUGUGAAAAGACAGUUUACCCAGUAGAGGAACUCUCUGCGGAUGGUGUGUCCUACCACAAGGCUUGCUUCAAAUGCACCCACUGCAAAGGGACUUUGAAGCUGAGCAAUUAUUCCUCAAUGGAAGGUGUUCUGUACUGUAAGCCCCACUUCGAACAACUCUUCAAGGAGACUGGCAAUUUCAACAAGAACUUUCAGUCACCUGCAAAGUCAGCUGAGAAGUUAACUCCAGAGCUGACUAGAUCACCUAGCAAAGCUGCUAGCAUGUUUUCUGGAACACAAGAAAAAUGUGCUACUUGUGGUAAAACCGCUUAUCCACUGGAGAAGGUGACAGUGGAGAGCCAGGCCUAUCACAAGUCGUGUUUCAAGUGUUCUCAUGGUGGCUGUCCUAUUACUCCAUCAAAUUAUGCUGCCCUGGAAGGCAUUUUGUACUGCAAGCACCAUUUCUCCCAGCUUUUCAAGGAGAAGGGGAGCUACAACCAUCUGAUUAAGUCUGCAUCGAUUAAGCGCGCAGCAGCAGCAGCAGCAUCCAUUCCAGAAGCAUAA